AGUAUGGCCUCAUCAUCAACACCUAAAUAUAAUUCCAACUCCUUGGAGAGUUCCUCAAGUAAAAGGACUCUGAAAGACGGAACUAACUGGGAACAAAAUGAAGAAAUACCUCGUCUGCCAGGAGAGACUAGAUUUACAGACAAGGAUGUUAUUUAUAUGUGUCCAUUUAAUGGCCCCGUCAAAGGAAGAGUGUACAUCACCAACUACAGGCUGUACCUGAGAAGUGUGGAAAAUGAUCCAGUUGUGGUAUUGAAUGUUCCACUGGGUGUAAUUUCAAGGAUUGAAAAAAUGGGAGGAGCUUCAAGCAGAGGAGAGAACUCUUAUGGAUUAGAUAUAACCUGUAAAGACAUGAGAAAUUUACGGUUUGCGUUAAAACAAGAAGGGCACAGUAGAAGAGAUAUAUUUGAAGUCCUCACAAAAUAUGCUUUUCCCCAGUCGCAUAACUUGCUUUUUUUUGCAUUUGCAAAUGAAGAAAAGUUUUCUGAAAAUGGAUGGAUGGUGUACAACCCAAUGUCCGAAUACAGGAGACAAGGGCUGCCUAAUGAGCGGUGGCGAGUAACUUUUAUUAACGAACACUAUGGCCUGUGUGACACGUACCCAUCGCUCUUAGUAGUGCCGUACAACGCAACAGACGACGACCUCAAGAAAGUUGCUGCCUUUAGGUCCCGAAAUAGAAUUCCGGUUCUGUCAUGGAUUCAUCCAGAGACUCAAGCUGUUAUUAUGCGCUGCAGUCAACCCCUUGUUGGAAUGAGUGGCAAGCGGAAUAAAGAUGAUGAACGAUAUCUCGAUAUCAUCAGGGAGGCUAAUGGGCAAAUCUCAAAACUGACCAUCUAUGAUGCCAGGCCCAACGUCAAUGCAGUCGCAAACAAGGCAACUGGGGGAGGAUACGAGGGUGAAGAUGCAUAUCCCAAUGCAGAACUUUUCUUCUUGGACAUUCAUAAUAUUCAUGUCAUGCGGGAAUCUUUGAAGAAGUUGAAGGACAUUGUUUAUCCUAAUGUGGAAGAAUCACACUGGUUGUCGAGUCUGGAGUCAACCCAUUGGUUAGAACAUAUAAAG